UACGUAAGAUGGCCGCUCCCUCUCGUGGCUUCAAGUCACCCGGAGUGACCCGGGGCGGACGUCUCCCUGCGGCGUGCGCGCUGCCAAACCACCGCCGCUCAGCGCGAUCAGCUCGGAUCGCCGCCACGACGCGGCGCAAUCAAUUAAAUCACCGAUCGGUGAGAUAGGGCGGAUCAAUUAGUAGUUAAUUGGGCUGUCAGUCGUUUCUUGUUGUUGUUGUUGCUGCUGCUGCAUUUGCCAUCGGGGUGAAUGGGAAUCCGCCGGUGUGAACAGCGACCGAUGGUGAAAGAAGAAAUCCCCGCAGCGGAGAUGAGUGCCGGGCUCCCGUAGCAGCGCACUCGCAGAGCAGAGCACCACAGCCAUGUACAACCCACAGCGGCGAGACUUCAUAUCCGUCACUUUGGAUGGUGGCUACAGCAACGCCAAGGCGCCUCGCAGUCAGUCAUGCUGGCGGAGGUGGAAGCGCUUAUCUCGACUGCAGCGGAGCAUCCUUCUCUUCCUCUUCAUUGUGUUGGGAACUGCCUUCGCUGCUUACCACCUCCAGGGAGAAUCCCAUCGCUAUGUCUUGGAGGUUCGCACUUUGAAGCCACACGUUCCCGAUGCUGACCCUGACAGAAAUGCGCAACGCCAGGUCGCCCAGGAACUUAACCCGAAGCCCAAGAAGCCCUUGCGGAGGGGCCCACCUGUUCAAAAGCAGGGCCAGGUUGCCAAGCCCUUGGAACCCAGGGAUCAUGGUUUGGGAGUGAAUUCUUCAAAAUUGAUCGUCGCUGACGGGAAGGAUGAAUCCAAUUUGCAUGGUGCAGUCGCCAAUCAGGAGCCUAAUAAGGUCCACAGCCUGAACCCGCGCCAGCAGGCGGUGGUGGAGGCGUUCCUGCACGCGUGGCGAGGCUACCGUGAGUUUGCAUGGGGCCACGACGAGCUGAAGCCGUUGUCGCACUCCUUCAGCGAGUGGUUCGGCCUGGGCCUCACCAUCUUGGACGCGCUCGACACCAUGUGGAUCAUGGGCCUCGAGAACGAGUUUGAGGAGGCGCGGCAGUGGGUGAGCACCAAGCUGAACUUCGCCAAGAACGUGGACGUGAACCUGUUUGAGUCGACGAUCCGCAUCAUGGGGGGACUGCUGGGCACCUUCCACCUCACGGGAGAUAAACUCUUCCUCGACAAGGCCGUCGACCUGGGAAACCGGCUAAUGCCGGCAUUCAACACGCCCUCCAAGGUGCCCUACUCGGAUGUGAACCUGGGGACGGGUCAAGCGCACCCCCCCAAGUGGACGUCCGACAGCUCCGUGGCUGAGGUGACGAGUAUCCAGCUGGAGUUCCGUGAGCUCAGUCACCUCACUGGCGACCCCAAGUACAAGGGCGCGGCAGACGCGGUGACUCAUCACGUGCUAGGGCUGAGCGGGAAGCUGGACGGCCUCGUGCCCAUGUUCAUCAACACGCACUCGGGGCAGUUCUCUCGUGCCGGCGUCUACACGAUGGGGGCGCGCGCCGACAGCUACUAUGAAUACCUGCUCAAGCAGUGGCUGCAGGGAGGCAAGCGCGAGAAGCACUUACUUAACAGCUACUUGGAGGCUAUGAGCGGGAUGCAGAAGCACCUGCUGGGGACGUCGCAGCCCAACCACCUGACGUUCAUUGGGGAGCUCAUCAGUGGGGCUCUCAAACCGAAAAUGGACCACCUGGUUUGCUUUCUGCCGGGGACGCUAGCGCUGGGAGCUCGGCACGGACUGGACCCCUCGCACAUGGAGCUGGCUGAAAAGCUGCUGGAGACCUGCUACCAGAUGUACCAGCAGAUGGAGACUGGCCUCAGCCCUGAGAUCAGCCACUUCAACAUGCAGGCGGGCAGCACGCACGACAUCGAAGUCAAGCCUGCUGAUAGGCACAACCUGCUGAGACCCGAGACGGUGGAGAGCCUCUUCUACCUCCAUCGCUUCACCGACAAAGUCAAGUACCAGGACUGGGGAUGGGAGAUCUUCCAGAGCUUCCAGAGAUACACACGGGUGGCCACGGGUGGCUACUCCUCCAUAAACAACGUGCGGAGCCCCUCCAACCCGGAGCCCCGCGACAAGAUGGAAAGCUUCUUCCUUGGAGAGACGCUCAAGUACUUCUUCCUGCUCUUCUCCGACAACAAAGCGCUGCUCUCGCCCGACAAGCAUGUGUUCAACACCGAGGCGCACGCCUUCCCCAUCCGCACGGAGGGCUGAGGUGGGGCAGUGGGGAUGGCUCCUCCAGUGGGCCGGUGGGGCCAGGUCCUACUAGGACACAGUCUCCACCAAUCUGCCCGCACACCCGACCCACCCAACCAUCCACUCUGUGGUGACCAUUUGUGGCACCAAUGGCUUAAAUGUCGUUGUCAUCGGGCUUUAAGAAUCCCCGUGUCUUGUAUUGAGUGGAUGGAGCACUGGUGAAUGCUGUGGUGCAUUGAGGAUUCUCGAUUUGGAAUGUAUUGUGUAGCCAUAUCACAAAUAUUGCUCCAAUUUUAUCCAUUUAAGCUGGGGUGCUGAUUUAACAGUAGAAUCUAAUGUUUUGCCUAAAGAGUGUUAAUUCCUAAAUGUAAUGAUAAAAAUAAUAUGCUCCAUUAGAAGAGGGAAAUAACCACAGCUUUGGUGUAAUUGUUAUUUUGUCACAGAGGGGCUAAUGUAAAUUAAUGCUAAUCAUCUCCAGUACUGUGAAUGUAAUAACACACGAACGAAAGUGUUAGCUUCUUUAAUUUAUGGUGAGAAUGUUAUUCAUUGCCCGUUUCGCUUGAUUUCGGAGUGUACAUCGUACCUGUAAGGCACUUAUUUGUUCCAGUUUGUGAAUAUUAAACCAUGUUGGUUUUUCAGAUGGUCCAUAAUUUACAGCCAUUUGUAAAUAUACUACUGCACAAAGGGCUGCUAGAGGCAUGUUGAUCAUGGGCGUUGUUUAACAUAACCUCGCCGUGCUGGUUAGUCAAGUGAUGGGGAGGGUGCCCAGGACCUGUUCAUAUCUCACUCGCUACUGAUGUUAUAGCUGUGGCCAGGAAUCUGACUCAAAUCAUCAGGUUCAUACAGUAAUGCGUAAACCACUGUGUUACCGCUUCACCCCUUGCCGUGUCAACGUUCUCACCUGGAAUGUGCCCAUUCUCAUCCGAUCUUAGAAGCUAAGCAAGUUUGAGCCCGGAUAUUAUUUGGAUAGGUGAACACCAUGCACUAACAAGUUUUCGUAGGGCUGCCAGGCUACACAGUGGGCAGCACAGCAAAAUCGAUUAUUGUGCUGUACUUCUAUGCUCCCACAGAUAUGAUCCCUGCCUUCACCAAACCACACUGAUAAUCGUGGUGAGGUAUGGUCAAACAGCCCCCACUACUCUUGACAACACAGGGGGACCAUCAUCCAGCAGUGGAUUGACAAAGGGGCCAAGCAUACAAUAGCCACAUGUCUUCAAACAGUGACUCCUCACCACUUUCAUAGAUGUAUACAUAUGGGUACAUUAGCAUGCCGGAGUGCUCUAUUAACCCUGAACCGGUUACUCCAUGUGGGUGGAAUGGAGUCAUGAUGUUAGCUUACGGUACAUGAAUAUUUUUUAUUGACAAUUAAUCAAAAUUGUUACUGAAAUCCUUUUAAUGUUAAUGUCAAGGUGUCUGGUUAAUUUUGGGAGUGAUUGUUGGCCAGUUUAUUUCUGUUUACUUAACUUAAUUUUUUUUAUGGGCAAAAAAAACGCCUAUGUUCUGUGAUUGCACAUGGGCACUGGACUUUCAAAUCCAACACUUUCUGUAAAUUAUGAGAAAAUCCAUUCGGGCAAGAAUUGAUCCAGCUUGGGUUUUUUUUCCUCGCCCAAGCCUGCCCAGCACCUUUCAGCCAAAGUUUUGAUCACUUCCCAUUGGGCUUGUAUUACAGUGCUCAUAAUUGCCAGAUGCAAUCGUUCAUGCAGCCUGCAAAGAGAAACCACCGUGGCCCAUGCCUGUUACACUCUGCCGAGUUCAAACUGAACGCGUUGGUAACAAGAGAACCCGAGGGAGGCAUUGUGCAAUGGCAAAACUUUCCGAAAGUUGACCAGGCAUAUAUGAACACUAUGUGUUUGGGUGUAAAUAUUUUCCGGUCAUUUUUGUGCAUGCUGCAGGGGUAGGGGCACUGUACAAUGGAAGCAAUUGAGAUCGAUAUCUCAACUCGAUUGCCAUUCUGUUUGCGUGUUCCCAAAUGUAAUAUCAGCCAAGGUAAUACCUGCAGCGACGAAUUUCGCAGCACCGCGUGAAAUGUUACGGAAAUGUGUCUUUUGUUGUCACGAGUCGCCUUUUUUUUUAUUGUGGUAGCCCUGUGACAUUCUUAGGUUUUUUCGGUAAAGUCACGUAGGUAAAAAAAACCUAAGAAUAUGAAUCCUUGCAGUCACGAAAGCUUCAAAUCUAGCCCUGUGACAGCUUUGCAUUGGCGGUGACGAGGUGCGAUGUUGUGCCGAAUUUGUAACUGGCAGCUUUGCAGCCGAGCAACGAGAGUUCUGGCGUUAAAUUUCAGACGCAAUGAUUUUUCUGCGCACAUUUGAGCCACGCUUAAUUAUAGCCAGCGUGGUCUUAAACCCUUAAUUGCGUGCAACCAAUAAUAACCUGUAGGAAGCGUAAUGCAUACAUCUUGCAUGAUGUGCCAAGGCAAUGCUUUACAGCGAUCUUUCCUGAACAUUCAGAAAUUAGUUUUUUUAACCCUAUACCAGGGGUCCACAACCAACACAACAAGAAGAGAUAUUUUUUUCUUUCAAAUUCGUUAAAAUGUUCUCAAUAUCUCAAGAGCCGGCAAUGCUUGUGUAUACGAGAGGGUCCUUAAAGAGGCCCCACGCGGCACCGAAGCCGCAGGUUGCCCACCCCAGCCCAAUACAAACCUAAAAUAACCCCUUGCCUCUCUACAAUCUAGGUAUCUUAAAAUAAUGGAUUGGUUAACACUUAGCGACACAAACCAAUGAGCAAAUUAACAAUGGCGAACUUCCGUGCAGGGGACGGGAGCAAUUAUCCAGAAAUGUUAAGUGGGUGCAUCAUUUUGAGCUCAAGAGGUUGUCAUUUAAUAUGGUUUUGAUGUCCAGAACCGACAGCACAUCGUGUUUCACAAGUAACAUACACUGUAUAUACUAUACUUGAUUACAUUUAUAAUCACACGGCUGCAAAAUGCCAACUUAUAUAAUUGAGUCUGUGCCAGAUGGUUUAAAAGAAUAAGAGGAGUUCAAAGAGAGCAUUAUAUGUUGAUUUUAUUUUUCUAAGCUCACAGGUGCAGUGAUAAAAGUGAUCUGUAAAUUAAUGCUGUAUAUAAAGGUGUGCAAUUCAUUCUAAUGUGGCUGGGUAUGAUGUUCAUGUAAUUGCUUUUGCUCUACCUUAGAUUUGAAUUUUUGGGGGGAUCGUCUGAACUUGUAUAAUGAAUUUACCUGUCAAGUAAACUAACGUAAGACUUCAUCGAAUUGCCGGUUCCUGCGGGUGUCAGGUUUCCUGCAACUCAUGUCCAACUGAAUUCACAUUACCUAAUGUGGGCAUCCAUUGAUAAAAGUGUGCACAGGUGAAGGGGUGGUGUAGCGGUGUGUGUUUACAGGUGUGAUCACUACCGUUACGUUCACGAAUAAAGACGUCUGUGCUUUGUUCUGCU